CUUCUGUUCUGUUAUUCUUUCCUUUUUUACUUUUCUUUUUCCUUAACUCUGUUACUCUUCAACCUUUUCAAUUGCAUUGCCAUUGCCUCUCUCAUCUUUCAAUUUCAAUCACCAUCAUCACUUUCUUCUUCCUUUUCAAACCUCUCUCUCUCUCUCUCUCUCUCUCUCUCAUUAUUAUUGGCUUCUACACUCUCUAUCAAUUUCAUUCUACCUAAUUUUCAUUGAUCUCAUUCCAAGUUACCUUCCUCUUCCUUAAUUGCUGCAACAAAGAAUAAUAGCACUGGUUAAUUUUUGGUGAAGAUGGUAUUGGGAAUAAGAACAAAGAGUAGAAAAACUGUUUCAGAUUCAAUUCAAGUUAACUACAUCAUCCAUGUUCAUGAGAUCAAACCAUGGCCACCUUCACAAUCACUGAGGUCUGUUCAAUCUGUGCUCCUGCAAUGGGAAAAUGGAGACAAAAAUUCCGGCUCUUUAGCAUCCAACGUCGGUAACGGGAAAAUCGAGUUUAAUGAGCCUUUCAAGCUUUCAGUGUUUAUGUUAAGAGAAGCAUCUAAGAAAGAAAAAAACCGCGAAAAUUUCAAGAAAAACUACUUAGAGUUUCAUUUGUAUGAUAGGACAGUGAAGAACCAACUACUAGGAUCAGCCACUAUAAACUUUGCAGAUUUUGGAAUUAUUAAGGAAGUUAAAGCCAUAAGUUUUCAGUUGAACUGCAAGAAGACUUUUAGGAGUUCAACGCAGCCGUUGAUGUAUGUUAGUAUUCAGCCAUUUGAUAUGGAAUGUUCAAGCUCAUCACCAAGCAGCAACUUGUCAAAAGAAUUGUCGGUAGAAAAGGAAGAAAGGGAAUCUGUAUCACUACCACAGUCAGUUAAAGAUGAUGAUGAGGAAGAUGAUAUUGAAAUUGCCUCUUUUACCGAUGAUGAAACUGAUGACAUUCCUUCAAAUAAUUCUGCUACAGAGCCUACAAGAGACAUCUUUGAAAUCAGUGAAGGAGGAAAAAAGGGAUCUAAUGGAGAAUGUAUUCAACCCUCAGAAAGUACUACUUCUUGGUUACCUACAAACACAAAGGCUGAAGCAUCCGCACAGGUCAAUGGCAUCGAACCUCCCUCUUCGUCUAUGGUUCUACGCUCAGGUAUGGCAAAUGCUGAGAGUGGAAGGACUUCUGUCCCUAAAAUAUCUGAGGGAAGUGUCAAGGUUGCUGAUGCAAGUUCUGAGAUUCAAAUAAACAUUCAACGAUCCCGUUGGCAAGAUAUCACUGGUAAUAGGUUCAAAGACGUAGCUCCAUCUCCAUACACUUCAUCAAGUAUGAAACCACGCUUUGAAAUAUCUUCCCAAUCUCAAGUGACAUCAGAGGAUAGCAUAAAUCGAGAUAGCACAGAAAACCAUAGAUAUAAAGAAAGUUUUCCUGAAAAAGUUAGCAGUGUUUCUAACAUUGGUAUGAUAGAAGACAAAGAAAAAAUGGAUGAGAGAAGAAAAGUAAGAAAACAGUCAACUGUAAGUAAUGAAGUUUUAGAAAAUGUGCUUGAUAAUAAUUUUUCAGAUGAUGAAUCUACAUGGGCAGGAAAAUUUAAUAAUGAUACUCUUCUGCGAAGAAAAAAAUCACAUGAACAUCCAACAAUUAUUUUGACAAAUGAUAAAGCCGAGGAUGUGAGAAAUGAAAAGUUUCCUUUACAAACUACUGAGAGCAGCGGGCAGUUUAUCAGGAGUCAAAACCUUGAUCGGGAAGAGAAAAUUAAAACUUUAAAUGGUGUUCAUGUUGAUGCUGCUUGUCAUAAAGACGUUAAUGUCAAUGGCAGCCUUCUUAAUGAUAAUACUGAAUUGAAGGCCGAAGUUGAAAGGCUUCGUGAAGAGCUCAAGGAAGCUGCUGCUCUUGAGGCUUCAAUGUACUCGGUUAUUGCUGAACACGGCUCAUCAAACAAAGUUCAUGCACCUGCUCGGCGAUUGUCUAGAUUCUAUUUCCAUGCUCGUAAAGCUGGCUCCCCUGAUAAAAUAGCUAGUGCAGCCCAGAGCAUCGUCUCAGGAUUUGUUUUUGUUUCUAAAGCAUGUGGAAACGAUGUUCCAAGGUUGACAUUCUGGUUCUCAAACAUAAUAUUGCUGAGAGCAAUUGUGAGCAAAGGAGUUGAACAUAAAGACCUUGGCGAUGCUGCAUGCAUCAAUGGUGAACGUUACGUAAAUGGUCUCACUCUUCAUGAACAAGAAAAAGAAAAUACAGAAGAAUACUUUCAUAACUGGCUGGAUCCAGAGACAUUUUUAGUCGCAUUGGAAAAGGUUGAAGCGUGGAUAUUCUCUAGAAUUGUUGAGUCAGUGUGGUGGCAGACGCUGACUCCAUACAUGCAGUCUGCAGCAGCUAAGAGCUCUAGCUCUCGGAAAACCAAUGGGAAGAGAUAUAUUAUCGGUGAUCAAGAUCAAGGAAACUUUUCUAUUGAUUUAUGGAAAAGAGCUUUUAAGGAUUCAUGUGAAAGGCUUUGUCCUCUUCGAGCUGGGGGGCUUGAUUGUGGUUGCUUGCCUGUGAUAUCUAGAAUGGUGAUGGAACAGUUGGUUAAUAGACUUGAUGUGGCGAUGUUCAAUGCUAUUCUUCGGGAAUCAGCCGAUGAGAUGCCCACGGAUCCUAUAUCUGACCCUAUUAGUGAUUCUAAGGUUCUUCCUAUUCCAUCUGGAAAAUCAGGCUUUGGGGCUGGCGCACAACUAAAGAAUGCUAUUGGUGACUGGUCAAGAUGGCUUUCAGAUUUGUUUGGCAUUGAUGAUUGUGACUCUCAUGAAGAUAACAAUGAAAAUGAUGACUCAAAAUAUGAACCGCCCUUCAAACCUUUCCCUCUCCUGAACGCAUUGAGUGAUCUAAUGAUGCUUCCUUUCGAUAUGCUUGCAGAUCGCUCUAUGAGAAAAGAGUUAUGUCCAAGAUUUGGCAUAUCAUUGAUAAAACAAGUCGUCGACAACUUUGUUCCCGAUGAGUUCUCUCCUGGACCUGUCCCAAAUGCUGUUCUCGAGGCCUUGUACAAUGAGGAUGUUGAGGAUGAUGAAGGGUCCAUCAAUAGCUUUCCAUGCAGUGUUGGUUCCACAUUAUAUGCACCACCUCCAACUUCUUCAGUUAAAGAAGUGGGAACCCCUUCACUAAGAAGUGGAUCAUUUGUGCUUAAAAAGUUAUAUACAAGUGAUGAUGAACUUGAUGAAUUAGAUUCACCUCUUUCUGCUCUUGGCAUGGAUGAUCCUAAGAAAAAGUUUUCAGUAGUAAAGGGUGGUCGUAAGGUUGUUAGAUAUGAACUUUUGAGAGAAGUGUGGAAGAGUAGUGAGUGACAUGCAUUCAAUCAUUUUUUUAAUUUUUGUAUAUUUUGUAUACAAUUUACCCUAUAGUAUAGCAGUUUUUUUUUUUAACAAUAAGAGUAAUAAUGAUGAUGGCCUUUUAUAAUCUUGUACAUUUUAUUGCAAAUGAGAAGUUAUUGUGUCAUGGUGAAUGAAA